CAUUUGUAGGGCGAACGAAUCAACUACUAAGAGAUUUAAAGAUAUCACCAGUGAUGAAAUAAAUGCUGUACAGACAUCACGUCGCCCAACAAAAAGCACAGGAAACCCGCAACGCAAUGCGGCAGUCCCAAGGAAUAAAGGCAAUGCCCAGGGACAAAGCGCAUCCAAAGCCCCGUUAAUAAAAUGCAAGUUUUGUUUGAAAUCACACCCUAGAAAGAAGGAAUUGUGUGCAGCUUGGGGAAAAACGUGCAAAGAGUGUGGCGUGAAAAAUCAUUUUACUGGGUCAACUGUGUGUAAACACAAGCCCGCAGUGCAUGAGCUCGAUGAACAGUCUGAAUCCUCAGAUGAUGACUAUUUCUUCUAUGUUGAAACCGUGGGUGCAAUCGAUGCUAAUGAUUGCCCACGGAAAAUCUUUGCGCCAAUGCAAAUUGGCAAUAAGCAUGUAAAGUUCCAGCUUGAUUGCGGAGCGACAGUAAAUAUUCUACCUGUCGAUGAAUAUAUAGCAGUAGCAAACGACCCAGCGCUUAAGAAGCUUAAUAGUGCUAACAAAUCCUUGCAGAUGUUCAACAAGACAACUCUGAAAACGCUAGGAAUUUUUAGCGCCAAAACUGUCAACCCAAAGAAUGACGAAGCCAUUACAAUAGAAUUUGUAGUAGUAAAAGAGGGACACACACCCAUUCUAGGUGCCCAAGCAGUCCAACAGUUCCAGUUGAUUACUGUAAAUACUGACAACAUUAUGUCCAUAGAAAACCGUUCCAUCCAUAGCGACAUCAUAUCUGAAUUUAAUGAUGUGUUUGAAGGUGAUGGCAAGAUCGAAGGAAUGCUCCACUUACAGGUAGACAACACGGUUACUCCAACAGUUMUCCCUGUACGAACAGUUGCGCACUCUGUCAAGGAAGACCUAAAAGCAGAGUUGAAUCGUCUAGAAAAGAAAGGAAUCAUAGUCCCUGUUGAUGUACCCACCGAUUGGGUAUCUUCUAUGGUGGUACAAAGGAAACGAAAUGGCAAGAUACGCUUGUGCAUAGAUCCUAAGCCACUUAACAAAGCUUUAAAAGGGAACCACUACCCCCUGCCUGUACUGGACGAUCUCCUUGCUAAGUUGACAAAUGCCAAAGUCUUCUCCGUUGUGGACGCCAAGAACGGUUAUUGGCACGUCCAACUAGACGAAGACAGCAGCCUGUUGACAACUUUUGGGACCCCCUGGGGCAGGUAUCGGUGGACUCGGAUGCCUUUCGGUAUCUCUCCUGCACCUGAAGAGUUCCAAAGGAGRCUUGACAAUGCCUUCCAAGGUCUUGAUGGUGUCAUGCCUAUCUUUGAMGACACUCUCGUGUACGGCAAUGGUGACACUGAGAAGGAAGCCCUUGAGGACCACGAUAGAAAGCUCRCAGCUUUACUACAACGAUGCCGAGAAAAGGGAGUGAAGCUCAACARAGAGAAGCUGAAGCUCCGGCGUAAAGAAGUGGACUUCAUGGGCCACAUUAUCUCUUCUGAAGGUCUCAAGGUUGACCCAGCCAAGGUGCAAGGCAUAAACGAAAUACCUUCGCCAACCUGCAAGCAAGACGCCAAAAGAUUCAUCGGCAUGCUGAACUAUCUGCAGCGUUUUGCUGCUAACCUGUCACAGCUGACAGCUCCUUUGAGAGACCUUCUCAAGGAGAACGUGCACUUCCGAUGGGAUGACGCGCACGAGCAAAGUCUAACCAGGAUCAAGAAGGUGAUAUCUGAGUCUCCUGUCUUGAAGUUCUUUGAUCCCAAAGGAAGCGUUGAAAUCCAAUGCGAUGCAUCAGACCGUGGUCUGGGUGCAUGUCUUAUGCAAGAUGGUCAGCCCGUUGCAUACGCAUCUCGCUCCAUGACAGAAACCGAAUCACAUUAUGCUCAGAUAGAGAAGGAAAUGCUCGCCAUAGUGUUUGCCGUUGAGAGGUUUGAGCAGUGUGUGUAUGGACGACAAGUCAAAGUCGAAACCGACCACAAGCCGUUGGAAAGUAUMUUCAAGAAAAGCCUCAUCAGCGCUCCAAAGAGACUGCAGCGAAUGUUGUUACGACUGCAGAAGUUUGACCUAGACGUAACAUAUAAGAAGGGCACAGAUAUGGUCUUGGCCGAUACUCUAAGCCGAGCAUAUAAAGUCCGCUCGGAAGGAGAAGUUAAAUCUUCUAAACUGCUAAGAGGUGAGACGGAAAGAGACACUGAAGUCAUAAACUUUGCUCAGCACUUGGCUGUCUCAGAAGACACACAGUCCAAUAUAAGGAAAGCAACAGAAGCGGAUCCUACCUUACAAGAGUUGAAGACAGCCAUACGACGAGGUUGGCCGUCAGGAAAAUCCGAAGUCCCUGUUUGCAUCCAAGAUUACUUCCCAUUCAGAGACGAGCUAACACUGCAGAAUGGAUUAAUCUUCAAAGGUGAGAGACUUGUAGUCCCCUCUGCCUUGAGAGAUAACAUGCUGAUGAAGAUACAUGCCAGCCACAUAGGCAUUCAAGGAUGUUUGCGCAGAGCUAGAGAAGUCCUGUAUUGGCCUGGUAUGAAUCGAGAAGUAGAAGACUACAUAGCCAGGUGCGAAACCUGCAACAACUACCAUCCACAACAAGGCAAAGAGCCUAUGAUCUGUCACCAGAUCCCCUCUAGACCAUGGGAGAAGGUAGCAAUGGACCUGUUCCAGCUUGACAACAAAGAUUUUCUUGUAACAGUGGAUUACUACUCCAACUAUUUUGAAGUUGAUAAACUGUCAUHCAAAACUGCCAAGGAAGUCAUAGGCAAAGUCAAAGCUCACUUCGCUAGACACGGAAUUCCCGACCAAGUGAUCUCAGAUAACGGUCCUCCYUUCWURUCCGCCGAGUUUCAAGAGUUCGCGCAAGCAUACUCAUUUGAACAUGUGACGAGUUCUCCCAUGUACCCACAGUCCAACGGCAAAGCCGAAAAUGCUGUCAACACCGCACAAAGGCUAAUGAGGAAAGCAAUGGAAACAAGGAGUGACCCAUACCUCGCGCUCCUCGACUGGAGAAACACACCAUCAGAAUCCAUCAACUCCUCGCCUGCUCAGAGGAUAUUCGGUCGUCGGACCAAAACCCUUCUGCCGACAUCAACGAAGCUUCUACAACCAAGGAUACCCGGAGAUAUUGACCUGAAGCUCAAGCAACAGAAGGCUAGACAGAGCUAUUAUUACAACCGAGGUGCUAAAGAACUACAGGAGUUACAUCCAGGCGAUAUGGUUCGCAUUGAGCCACCAAAGAAGCUUGGUAACCGGAAAACUUCAACCAAAGCUUAA